AUGAAUGAAACGGCAAUAAAAAAAUUAUUGGGUGAAGCAACUAAAAAAAUAUUGGAUGAGUUAAAUAACACCAAGAACGAAUUGAAAAGAGUAAUUGAUUCAACAAAACCUAAUUUAUUAUUAAAAAUCGAAGAACAGACUCAAAGAGUGAAGAAACUGGAAGCUAAAAACUUAAGUCUAAAAGACAGAAUUGAAGAAUUAGACAUAAAAAGCAGUGCUAACAACGUAGUUGUUUUUGGCAUAAAGAAGACAAAUCGGGAACUAAAACUAAAUGUCCAAGAACUUUGCCGAGAAGUCAACAAAGUACUGAAGGUACAUAUUAAAGAAAGUGACGUAAAUAAUGUUUACCCUUUAGACAACAACUCUUACAGUUUAGAAGAUCUGAGAGAAGUACCUCUUAUAGAAGCCCAAAAACUAAACAGCGCACCGGCCACUCCCAAUUCAUUGAGGAUGAAUGAAGAGGAACAAAUCACAGCGGCUGAAAUUGAAAUUGAAAAACAAAUUUUUUCUUCGUCAGUACAAGUAAACAGUGAACCUCUUUUCUUGGCCAACAAUUUAGAAGGUGAGUCUUGUAAACCAAUUGAAAAUAAAAGAAAUUGUUAUGAUAAUGAAGAUAACAUUCAUAACGACGGAUUGUUCGCACCGUCUGAAGAUUUUAUGGCAGAUGUCUUCGAUGAAGAACAUGAACCUAUUAUCUCUCAGAUUUCACUAUCAGAACAACUUAUAACGUAUUAUCAUAUUAUACCGCAGUUAAAACCAAUGGUAGCUGCAAUUUACUGUGGAGAGACCAAGCCACCCAUACAAGAAUUUCUGUCACAAUUCGUUGAUGAAUUAAAUUACAUUCCAGAAAAUGAAGUUAAAGUUAAUGAACAAUGUAAAAUAGAAGUGAAAAUUAAAUAUUCGCUUUGUGACACUCCAGCUAGAAAUUUCAUUAAAAUACAAUCACCUACCAAUAAACUGGUGUACCACAAAGCCGGAGGGCUGUCCGUGGUAUAA